UGUACUCGAAAACCGGGUGUUAAACCAUGCGCGUGAAUGGCGCGUGGAUGGCUUUCACAUUCCUGGUAUGACCUCCUGCCUGGCUUUGGAGAGUUAAUUGAUCGCACUGUAUUGGAAUUGUUUAAACUAUAAUGUCAAAGAUGAUAGGCAUUCCGAGGCCAGCUGCCUUCAGGGAACUUCUCUCUCUGGGGCCGUGUAUUAUAUAUAGUUAUAGCGGGCUAAACAGCCGCUGCAGUAUUGAACGUGCAUAGCAGAGUACACGUGUGUGCAUGCAUGGUACGCCAGAUUGGGAGAGAUUUGGCUCAAGAAUUUGACGAAGUUCAAGCCAAAACUUAAAACUGAUCUGGUUCCGUGAUACAGAAUGGUGGUUACCAAUGAUCUCUACGGAGAGGAAGAAAGGGAUAUUCUGAUUUUAUAGAAUGACUUCGGGUUAUUAGCUAAAAAGGGGAACAUUUCCUUGAUUUUACUUCCAGGUUCAUGUAAGUGCGCAAUCGAUAAGGAAGUUUGUUUUACAAAGAUGGGACAAAAAGUGGGGAAGAAAGGUGUGGAUAAAGGCCUGGAGCAUUACAAGGAGCAGCGGUUUGAGGAAGCUGCUUUUGAGUUCCACAACGUUUUAAAAAAGACACAAAAAACGGAAAAAUCUCCGGACAAAUUUGUUAUAUAUGGAUAUUUAUGUACAAUUUAUUACGAUACUGGAAAAUAUCGCGACAUUUUACGAUACGCAGACCAUCAGAUUGACAUAGCCAAUAGUUUGAAAGAUUCUUGCAUGAAAGCAGAGGCAUUCUUUAACCUUGCUCGUGGAAAUGAGCGACUGUCGCUCUUUGACAAAGCUGUUUUAUUUUGCAAGGAAAGUAUAACGGUCAACUCCAAACGUUCCAAAAUUCUUGGCUACUCUCAUUUAUGUCUAGGAAAUGCUUAUUUCGGAUUGAGUGAUUUUUGUAAUUGCUGUAAGAACGUUGAUCUCAGUUUGGCAUUCGCACGACAGACCAAGGACAAACGUCUUGACAUAUUGGCCAACGUCAGUUUUGGUAUUCUGUUCACGAAUCUCAGGGACUAUGACACCGCUCUCUACUACUUCGAGCGUGCCCUGGACACUUUACACGGUCAGAAUGACACGGACAAUUUGGACCAAUAUCAGCGCCUCCUGGAGGUGUGUCUCGCUGUCCCUUACUUCCGCAAGGGGAGACUAAACGACGCUAUGGAAUCUUGUGAGGAUGCUCUGAAGAUGGCCAUGCAAUGUAAGGAUCGUCCAGUCCAGGCAAAGUGUCUAUUUACAUUCGCUGAGAUUCACAGAACGCGGAAGGAUACGGAGCGAGCCAAUCCCCGGUACGAGUCGGCUUACUCCAUCUACACUGAGAUUGGUGACAGGUACGGUCAGAUGGAGUCCUUGAGAGGGAUGGCCAAGUCGACCACCUUAUCAGGAGAUACUCAGCAGGCUUUGGAACUGUACCAGCGAGCCUUAGACCUAUCAGAAUCUAUUGGGAACAAGUUUGGGACCAUGCAGUGUAGCGUAGCGCUAGCCGAUCUCUACAACGAAGAUGGCAAUAGCGCUAUGGGCGACACCUACAAAAGCGCCGUACGGACCCUAGCGGAACAUAUGGAAUUAUUCUGUGGUGUAUGUGGCGAAACAAUGGGCCAACUUCCAGAAGAGUUAUAUCCCUUGCCAUGCGGCCAUUUAAUACAUAACAGGUGUGGACCCCACCUGGCUCGAUACACCUGGGGAAGGAAAGGUACACGACGACCCUGUCCGUCGUGUCGCGUCAAGUCAUCAGGAAAUCCUAUACUUGAGCUUUAGAAUGGCAUCUUAAAACAUUUCUGGUAUUGUAACAAAACUUGUUAAACACCACCCACAUACAAAUACUGGAACUAUUAACUCUUCAGCUUUGUAACCUAAUCGGAAAUUUAUUAAUCCUAUGUAUUAAGGAUUUCUGUCCCACUGUCUAUGGCCACUAUUGGGGCCACGGUGGCCAAGUGAUUAAGGCGUCUGACAUUCUGCUAUAUGUAUCACUAA